AUGUACGCCCUGUGCCGGGCUGCAGCGGCCAUGGUGGCACAGCCCGCGGUCCCGGGGCAGGUCCGGGGCAGUCCGGCCAAGAGGAAGCGCCCGGGCUCCGGCCAAGAGGACGUCACCCCCGAGGACAGGGCUGAGAUGACCUGCGGCAGCGCCAACACCAGAGCCCCCGUCAAGAAGCCCAAGUGCCCGCGGCACAGGAAGCAGGACCUGGUCUCCAGGGCUGGAGAGCCCGGGAGCCGCCCGGACCAGCCCAGUCCCUCGGGCUCUGCAGACCCGGGCAGCCCGGCUCUCGGCUCCGGGUGGUCGCCCCCCGGACCGACCACCGGGCUGGACCUGCAGAACUUCAGGGAGUACGGAGAGAAGUGCUUCCUCUUCAAGCGGGAGUCCGAGAAGAGGUUUCAUCCGCGGAACUGCCUGGCACAGCAGCCCCAGGUAACCUCAGAAGACAGAUGCAAACUGGUCAGCUGGCUGAUCCCCGUGCACAGGUACUUUGGCUUCUCCUUCGAGUCAAUGUGCCUGACCGUGAACAUCAUGGACCGCUUCCUGCAAACCACACCGGUGGCUUCCGAUUGCUUCCAGCUUAUUGGAGUCACCUCACUUCUCCUCGCGUGUAAACAGGUUGAAGUUUACCCUCCUAGGGUUAAACAGCUGCUGUCCCUUUGCUGUGACGCCUUCACUGGGGAACAGCUCCGUAACCUGGAGUGCAUCAUCCUGAUCAAACUCAACUUCCAGCUGGCGGCUCCAGGGCUGGACUUCUUCCUGGAGUAUUACAGCGAGGCCAGCGGGGAGGGGCAGGAGGUGUGCAGUGCCCGGGCUGCCAGCACCCAGGGCCUGGCCAGACAGAUCGCCCAGCUCAGCCUGGCUGAUUACUCCUUCAAUGGCUACCCUCCCUCCCUGCUGGCCAUGGCUGCUCUCAGAUUGGCCGAGCGCAUGUUUCAGCACCAGGAAGGCACCAGUGAGCAGCCCAACCAUGACACAGCCUGCGCCCUGGAGGACUGUGUGGAGAGACUCAAGCUGCUGGUGGCUCUGAAUGAGGAGUCGCUGGUAUCCCUCCUGACAUUGGAGCUGACACACAAGGAAGAGCUCAGCGCUGAGUUAUAAGGCGAUUGAUUCAUUCACACUCUCACACACUGUAUUGCUAACACUGCGAUAUUGUUGUUCAAGGAGGUUUCGUCCCCCCAUCAAGCCAUAUCGAUUAAGCC